AUGUCUUCGCAAGUCGAAUCUGAGAAGGAUCUCGCUCGCGAAGGGGCAAAUCCUUUGGUAGCAGAUGAGGUCCCCUACUCUGCCGAUUCACGACCUACAAAAUAUCAUUGGUGGAGAAGUGUCACAUGUCAAGCGAUCAUCACCGGUAUGGCUUCCUUCUUGGCCCCUGGUGCUUAUGCAGCUUUGGCAGCUACUGGUGCUGGUGGUCUUGCAAACGUUGAGAUCGGUAAUGCAAGUACUGCUAUUGCGUAUGCUUUGAUCGUUCCUUCAGCUCUCGUAUCGACUGGAUUCCUGUCAAAGGUGGGACCUCGAUGGACCUUGGCGAUCGGUGCCGCUGGUUAUGCACCGUAUGCUGCUGCCCUGUACACAAACUCUGCUUAUGGAAACCAGUGGUUCUUGGUACUUGGUGCUGUCAUCUGUGGUCUGACCUCUGGGCUCUUUUGGGUUUCUGAAGGGGUUAUUAUCUCAGUCUAUUCAGAACCUGCAAGGAAAGGAAGAAUGUUGGCUAUCUGGCAAUCCCUUUAUACCCUUGCCACCAUUAUCGGCGGUUUCAUCAACUUGUUCCUUAAUCUUGAUGUUAAAGUGAAAGGUGGAUUGAAACCCAAGACUUAUCUAGUCUUCGUUGCUCUCAAUUGUCUUGCGCCGUUCGUUUCCAUGUUGUUGUCAAAUCCCAAGCAAGUCCAAAGAAAGGACAAGAAACCUAUCACCGGUAUCCCUGAUCAAGGUUUUUGGAAGGAGUUCAUGCUCACCUUGGACGAAUUGAAGGAUCCUAAAAUCAUUGCAAUGUGCUUUUUGUGGUCUCAAUCGUUAUUCCUUCCUUCUUGGACUAGUACUUAUCUCGCUAGGCACUUCUCCGUUCGAGUUCGAGGCAUGUCUUCAAUCGUCAAGCCUACUUUGACCAUUAUAUGGUUUCAAGUCAUGGGCUUCUUCCUCGACAGUAAAAAGACUUCUAUCAGAAAGAAACUUGUUUAUACCUGGGGCUUCCUUCACACUGUUCUGCUCGGUUCCAUCAUUUGGCUUCUCAUCCUCACGGUAGGUCAAGACAAAAAAGCUACGGCUCCUGUUUGGGAUUGGUCUACACCGGGUUUUGCCGCUGCAUGGGUUCCUACAGCUCUUGCCACUGCCGCUCAAGGUACAGCUUAUGGCUACAUGUACUACAUGGCAUCAUACAUCUUCCCUCGAGGAGGAGGCGAUAAAGCUCGUUUGUCAAGGAUUAUAGCGACUCUUCGAUCAGCUGAAUCAGGUUCCGCCGCGAUAGCCUUUGGCAUCAAUGCUACCCAUCUCAGUCUUCAUAAAACCGGAUGGAUCAAUCUUGCAUUUGCACUCAUUUGCGUUCCAUGUGGUCUCUACGUCUUGAAUUACAUCUGGAAACAAGAUAAGCUUGGCGCUUACGAUGAUGAAAAAGUAGGACAAGAGAAACCUGCUAUUCCUCAGGAUACCCCUUGA